UUGCCCCCGCCUCCCGCUCGCUCCCCGCGGUCCGGGUCCCAGCUGUUGCACCCGAGCGCACUAGGGGGCUAUGAAACCCUCCUGGCUACAAUGUCGCAAAGUCACCAGCGCCGGGGGACUCGGGGCGCCUCUGCCCGGGUCCCCUUCUGCUCGAGGAGCCUGUGCGGCCCGAAGGACGUUAGUGGCCCCGGGCCCGCGGGGUGGUCUCGGGGGCCGGGGCUGUCGGGCGCUGUCCUCUGGGGGCGGCGGCGAGUACAAGACCCACUUCGCAGCCUCUGUGUCGGACCCGGAGAGGUUCUGGGGCAAAGCUGCUGAGCAGAUCAGCUGGUACAAGCCCUGGACCAAAACGCUAGAGAACAGAUAUCUGCCUUCCACCAGUUGGUUUGUGGAAGGAAUGCUUAACAUUUGCUACAAUGCUAUUGAUCGUCAUAUUGAAAAUGGCAAAGGGGAUAAGAUUGCUAUCAUCUAUGACAGUCCUGUUACAAAUACUAAAGAAACUAUUAGCUAUAAAGAUGUCUUGGAGCAGGUCUCUAAGCUGGCUGGUGUUUUUGUCAAACAUGGCAUCAAAAAAGGUGACACUGUGGUCAUCUACAUGCCCAUGAUCCCACAAGCAAUGUAUGCCAUGCUGGCAUGUGCAAGGAUAGGAGCCAUCCACAGUCUCAUCUUCGGGGGAUUUGCAUCCAAAGAACUAAGUACUCGCAUUGAUCAUGUGAAGCCCAAGGUGGUUGUUACAGCAUCCUUUGGCAUUGAACCUGGAAGGAGGGUAGAAUACAUACCGCUCAUAGAGGAAGCACUAAGAACAGGACAACACAAACCAGAAAAAAUUCUCAUUUACAGUCGUCCAAAUAUGGGGAUGGUUCCUUUGGUGCCGGGUCGUGAUCUUGAUUGGGAAGAAGAAAUGGCAAAAGCCCAAUCACAAGACUGCGUUCCUGUCCUCUCAGAACAUCCACUGUAUAUUCUAUACACAUCUGGAACAACAGGGCUGCCUAAGGGUGUGGUCAGGCCCACUGGGGGAUAUGCUGUAAUGCUAAACUGGACAAUGUCCUCGAUUUAUGGACUUAAACCUGGAGAGGUAUGGUGGCAGCUUCUACUUAGCUGGGUUGUUGGACAUUCCUAUAUUUGUUAUGGACCUCUUCUCCGGAAUACCACAGUUCUAUAUGAGGGGAAGCCAGUGGGAACACCAGAUGCUGGCGCAUAUUUCCGAGUGCUUGCAGAGCAUGGAGUAGCUGCCUUGUUUACAGCACCAACUGCAAUUAGAGCAAUCCGUCAGCAGGACCCUGGGGCAGCCUUGGGGAAGCAGUACUCUCUGACAAGGUUCAAAACAUUAUUUGUGGCUGGAGAAAGAUGUGAUGUGGAGACUCUGGAAUGGUCCAAAAAGGUCUUCAGAGUACCUGUCCUAGACCAUUGGUGGCAAACUGAGACUGGAUCCCCAAUUACAGCAUCAUGCAUUGGAUUAGGUAACUCUAAAACACCUCCACCAGGGCAAGCAGGAAAAUGUGUUCCUGGAUACAAUGUUAUGAUUUUGGACGACAACAUGCAAAAACUGAAGGCUCGAAGUUUAGGAAAUAUUGUGGUAAAGUUGCCAUUACCACCUGGGACUUUUUCUGGACUCUGGAAGAAUCAGGAAGCAUUCAAGCAUUUAUACUUUGAAAAAUUUCCUGGAUACUAUGACACCAUGGAUGCUGGUUACAUGGAUGAAGAAGGCUAUUUAUAUGUCAUGUCUCGAGUUGAUGAUGUAAUAAAUGUUGCAGGUCACAGGAUUUCUGCAGGUGCCAUUGAAGAGUCAGUCCUUUCCCAUGGUACUGUGGCAGACUGUGCUGUGGUUGGCAAGGAAGAUCCUUUGAAAGGCCAUGUCCCAUUAGCACUCUGUGUAUUGAAAAAAGAUAUAAAUGCAACAGAGGAUCAAGUUUUGGAAGAAAUUGUGAAACAUGUUAGACAGAGCAUUGGCCCUGUAGCUGCUUUUCGAAAUGCAGUGUUUGUCAAACAGUUACCCAAAACCAGAUCUGGCAAAAUUCCACGUUCCACCCUAUCAGCCCUGGUCAAUGGCAAGCCAUAUAAGGUAAUGCCUACAAUCGAAGACCCCAGUAUUUUUGGACACAUAGAAGAAGUGCUGAAGCAGGCCUCAUGACUUUUUCUUUCUUAUUUUGAGUCAAUCAAGAUAAUUUUCUAGUUUGAAUUAAGUUAUUUGAGCUGUCUACUAGAAAUAAAUAUUUAAGUAAAUUACUUCCCUACUGAAAUGUGAAUUGUGAAGCUUAGUUUAAACUAGUGUAAUGAGUUGUGAAAGAUCCCGUGCCUUCUGUUUCAUGCAACAUAGUUUGUGUUGUUAUAAAUUGCCUGCAAUAUGGCUUAUUGUAUGUUGUCUAGCACAGUAAGAAAAAUAUAUCUAAACGUAUGAUUUUUAGAAAUGUAUACUUUAACUGAAAGUGAUUCUAAUAUAGACACUUCCUGAAGAUAAAAUAUGCAGCUUUAAUCCAAAAUCUAAAACUCAAGUAAGUCAGAAAAUAAUUAAAAUUGUACUUUAAGAAAUCCUGAAUGUUUUCUAAUAUUCUUAGAUGCCAUUGCUUCAGAUGAAACAAAAUGGGAAGUUUUAGGUAAUCAUCUAGGCAGAUGACAUUAUUGUCUAGGUAGGAAGACUUGUCGCAAUACUUUUCCCAAGUGAAAACACACCUGGGUUAUAGUUCUGCCUUCAUGUCGUUUGUUACUUAGGCAAUGAGAAUCACAUUUCAUGGAGAUGAGGGAUCCUGGGAGGCCCCAUUCAUGUCUCAGGUUCUUAGUUGUUUGGGUACUUGUUACUGAGUCCAAGCUCCUAUGUAAUCAAGAAAAUGAAACACAAAUAGAGUAGAAUGGUGAGGAAAACAAAGCUUUUUAUAUUAGGAUAAAGAUCAUAGGACCUUUGGGGUAAUGUCAAUGAAUUUUUGAUGUGAGCUUAAGCCAGUUAUCCCUGUUAAUGAGUUUCACAACAACAGUGGACAGUGAAGACUGGAGAGCGCCUGCUCCAUCACGUGGGCAGCUGCAUCAGGUCCCAACAGAAUAUGGCCUAGGGAGAGACAGGUUUCAUGCUGUGAGAGCCUCUGGGCUUCCAGAAA